UUUGAAUCAGAAUCAAGAUGUUUUCAAGGACAUUUGUAAAAAAUUUCAGAAAUAUCAGACUGGGUCUCGGUCUCAGGAACAUGCAUACUUGCCACAGACGGAAUAUACAUAGGCACAAAGGCAUACCACAGCCAUUGUUUAACUAUUUUUCGAAGAGGACUUUCUGGGGCCAAACUCCUCCACCAGAUUUUGAUGUUGAUAUGGACUACUAUAAAAUUCUUGGAGUCAGCAAGACUGCUUCCCAAGCAGAUAUCAAGAAAAAGUAUUUUGAAUAUGUAAAGGCGAUGCAUCCAGAUCGUAACCCAAAUGCUGACCAAGACAAGUUCAAGGAGCUGACAUCAGCCUAUAAUCUCCUAUCUAAUGAGAAGAAGAGGAAGCAGUAUGAUGAAUAUAGAGACCUUUCAGGAUAUGGAAAUUCCAAGUCUCGCUCUUCCAGCUAUGGAAGCACCCAAAACCCUUAUGGAGAUGGAUUCAAUCCCUUUGGCAAGGGUGGUCAUUACAACCAACAACAUGGAAAUAAUAGGCAGGAUAAUAGAUAUCAAUACAAGUCUACAGCUAAGACUCCUGAGGAAAUGAGGAAAGAAUUUGAGGAGUUCUUUAAAUAAAGCUGCUAAUGCGUUCAGGCAAAAUCAAGGUCAAAAUCGAGGCAACUCUCAAAAUAACCAUGGUUAUAAUCAGUAUUCGCAAAAAUUUUGGGAGCAAUAUGAGAAACAGAGGCAACAACAACAGCAGUAUCAACAAAACUCUCAGAAACAGUAUGGGGAUCCCAGGGAACAAUUUAAUCAGAAAUUUAGACAACAUGGGGUUCCUCCAGCAGGAGUGAUGAUUAUGAGAUUCAUGAGAAACUUUUUGAUAAUCUACUUUGCCCUUUACUUCAUCAAAGCAAUAUUCCUAAAUCCUCACAGAGCAAGGAGGGAAUCUUUGGAAGAUAUGUAUCAUCACCAAAUUAUGCAAGAUUCGUAUGAAAAGAAUGUGAAAAAUGCAAUGCAAGCAUCUACAUAUAAUCAAGCUCAGGUAUAUCCCAAAGAAAGAGCACCUCCUGGGGGAUUGCCUCAAAGAUCUCAGCAGCCUAUCUCUGAGUAUCCACCUAGAAAUGCUGCAUUCAAUUACCAAAGAAAUCAAGGCCAAAGAUUCUACAAUCCGCACGAAGAUCCCAGGAAUAGGUAAAUCCGGAGUAAUUUCAAAAUUCAGGGUUAAAA